AUGCCAAUCGACAAAUCGUGGUCAGGUUACGCCAAAGGCACAAUUCCGGACUUAGGGAUUGACUGGGCUUGGCAGGAUGCAACACCUCCUGAUGAGCCUAACCGGGAUCCAGAAGUUGCGUACAUUCCCUUGGGAUAUGAGAAGAAGACACUGCCUCGAGGAUGGCAGAAGACGCCAGAGAAUAAGCCGCUCGACCUUGAUAUUAUUUUUGAAAAGGAUGUCUCGAUUAUAUUGAGAGAUGGUGUCAAAAUAUAUGCCGACAUUUACCGUCCAGCACAAACUGACGGAAAGAAGAUUCCCAUCAUAGUCCCUUACUCGCCCUACGGCAAGGGAGGCGGCGGUGCGAACCUGAUGGAUGUUGUGCCUUACAGGGUCGGCGUUCCUAAGAGUCGCCAAAGCGGACUUGAGAAAUUUGAGGGGCCCGAUCCCAACGAAUGGUGUGGACGUGGAUAUGCUGUUCUGGACCCCAAUGCCCGCGGCUCUUUCGAUUCCGAAGGCGACCUGUACUUUUUCGGCCCUAAGGACGGUGAAGACUGCUACGACAUUAUCGAGUAUGGAGCUCAACUCGAAUGGUGCAACGGUGCGGUUGGGAUGGCUGGCAAUUCCUGGCUCGGCAUCUCUCAGUACUGGGCAGCAAUGCAACAACCACCACAUCUCAAGGCAAUUGCUCCCUGGGAGGGCUACAGUGAUCUCUACAGAGACAUGAUGCGACGUGGCGGAAUUCCCUGGGCGCCUUUCCUGAAGUGGGUGCUGUUGGGAGUGCCGGGGCGCGGAAGACAGGAAGACGUUCCUACUAUGGCUUUCCGGCACGAGUUCUUUGACAAAUAUUGGGAGAACAAACGAGUCGAUUUCUCCAAAAUAAAGGUACCCUCGUACAUUUUGGGCUCAUACUCCAGUAUGUUACACACAGUGGGCGCCGUUCGAGCUUGGCAAGGCAUUGACAACCAGGAUAAAUGGCUUCGUUUCCACCCCCAUCAAGAGUGGUACGAAGAUUACUAUCACCAAUCCGUCGAGGACCUCGAUCGCUUUUUCACUAAAUACCUCAAGGGCGAAGACAACGCAUGGGAGUUGACACCUAAGGUCCGUGUUUCCUUGUAUCGCUACGGCGAUAAAUACCCUGUAUACGACCAAAUCGAAGCCGAUUACCCGAGUCCCAGGACGAAAUACACCAAGCUCUUCCUUACUCCGUCCAAGUCUCUAGAGAUUGCUCCGAAAACUCAUGUGGCUGCUGAUGAGAUCCACUCCUACGACUCUACGACACGUGAGAUACUAUCCUAUGACUACAUUUUCCCCGAAAAGACUACCUUAGCUGGCUUCUCCAAGCUCCGCAUCUUCGUGUCCUGUCUUGAUCACGACGAUCUGGAUAUCUAUGUCAUGCUUCGCAAGCUGUCUGCAGAUGGAGAUCUGAUGGAACAAUCAAACGUCCCCCUACACGAGCUACCUUUAGACAUCAAAUCGGUCAAAGACGUUAAGAACGUCAAUCCAGUGAAGUACCUCGGUCCCACAGGCAUCUUGCGUGCCUCACACCGCGAAACAGAUCCCGAAAAGUCGACUGAAUAUUGGCCGUUUCACCCGCACACCCGGACGGACCUUGUCCGCCCUCCAGGCAAGAUUGUAGAGAUGAAUAUUGGAAUCUGGCCGAUGGGGGUUGUUUACGAGAAGGGGGAAGGUUUGAGGUUGCAGAUUUCCGGUAAAACAAUGGCGCUGCCCGAGUGGGACAACCCGCACGUCAAACACCAGGAGCCUGUCUUUAACAGGGGUAUACACCGUCUGCACCUUGGAGGGGAAUACGCCGGAGAGAGUUACCUCCUGGUGCCAAGACUGUAA